UGUGUGUGUGUGUGUGUGUGAGCGUGUGUUUACAUGCAGGGGGUACCUGUGGGGGGUGGAGGGCGCUGUCGGAGAGGAAGUGCCCUGGUAUUUAUAACAGACUGCAGGCCAGUUUAAACUCCCCGCUGGAAUUGUGUGCCUGCAUAAGUAUUCUAAAUCCUGCUUAUUCACAGAGUGCCAGGGCUGCUCUUGCCUUUCCAUUCAUAUAACCCAGGCCCUCUCCUGCCAGCCUUUACCCACCAACCUCGCUGGCCCCGGGGACGUGGCGGUGCCUCUGGUCGCUGAGAAUGAACACCAGUGUCCCUGAGCCAGCAGCAUGGCUCUGCCUGGUUGUUGCUGCAGUGUUGGCGGGGACGGUUGUUUGCAAAUUCAAGAAGAGCCCCAGACAGGUGGGGAGCAAGGCCAUCUACUUGGUGGGCCUCUGGGGAGCAGCUUGCCUGCUCCUCAUGCCCUUCUACUGCGGCGUGCUGCUCGUUGUCCUGUCCUGCUUCCUCCUCUUGGCAUACCUAUAUGGCCAGGAGCUGUUACCUGUGGACCAGAAGGCAGUCCUGAUCACAGGUUGUGAUACCGGGAUGGGCCACGCCCUGGCCAAGUACCUGGAUGAGCACGGCUUCACGGUAUUUGCUGGCGUGCUGAAUGAACAAGGAUCAGGGGCAGAGGAACUGCGAAGAAACUGCUCCUCCCGGCUCUCUGUGGUACAGUUGGAUAUCACAAACUCGGCCCAGAUAAGAGAUGCCCACAGCAAGGUGGUGAGGAAGGUGCAGGACCGAGGACUAUGGGCUGUGAUCAACAAUGCUGGUGUCCUUGGCUUCCCAAGUGAUGGGGAACUCAUCCCCAUGACAGACUACAGACAGUGUAUGAAUGUGAACUUCUUCGGAGCUGUGGAAGUCACAAAGACAUUUCUGCCUCUUCUCCGGAAAGCCAAGGGGAGGCUGGUGAACAUCGCCAGCAUGGCGGCAGGGAUCCCGAUGGAAAAGCUGGCUGCCUACAGCUCAUCCAAGGCAGCGCUGGCCAUGUUUUCGGGAGUGCUGAGACGAGAGCUCUCCAGAUGGGGGAUGAAGGUUGUCACCAUCUACCCUGGAGCCUUCAAAACACAACUCACAGGCACUGAAGAGAUGUGGGACAGGAUGGAGAAGAACCUCCUGGAUGCCCUCACUCCUGAGGUGCAGGAAGACUACACCGAGGACUAUAUUCUUUCUCAGCGGAACAUCCUCCACUACAUGGCCCUGAGUAGCAGAGAGGACUACUCGCCCUUCAUCUUGGACGUUCAGCAUGCAGUGCUAGCGAAGAGCCCCUUCGCUCUGUACUCACCAGGCAGAGAGUCUCUCCUGGGGCUCUAUGCUAUCUCUUUCCUCCCCACGUCCGUGUGUGAUUUUCUCAGCAAGCAAGCACCUUUGCAGCUCUUAAAAAAACACCCACCGCCUUAGGAAGGCGGACCUGGAAGACUAAGGCCAGGCCACUUGGUGGGAAGCUCUGGACUUCAGGCAAGUGGGAAGCAGAGGCCCAGAGGUGUGAGCUUCUGAUCCAAGUUGCUUUUUAAAAUUGGGGUUAACAAGAUAGAAGGUAAUGGGCAUGGGUUGUUAGAUACAAAACUAAUGAUCUGCUAUGUAAACCUUUCCCAAUAAUAAUAAAAAUAAACAUCCUGGUGAUCGUG